GUCAGAACAAGGAAAUUAAUUUAAAAUACAAUUUCUUUUUUUGUCUUGUCAACAAUGGCUUCGGAGACGCAGGGGGUCGCUAACCUUGAAUUAGAGUCUGCCAUUGGAUUCAACGGUCGCGUGUUCUCUGGUCUCUGGCUUCAUCCCGACAAAGAGAACCUCGUCUAUCCUCUGGGAAACACUGUCAUCAUCAAGAGGGUGAAAGAUGGGAAGCUGGAGUUCCUGCAGGGCCACACAGACAACGUGACCUGUGUUGCUGUUUCCAGAAAAGGCUCUUUUAUUGCCUCUGGACAGGUGAACUUCAUGAAUCACAAGGCUCCUCUCAUAAUUUGGGAUUAUGCAAACCGGGCCAUCUAUGCCCUAUGGGAACAUCACAAGACAAAGGUAGAAGCUUUGGCAUUCUCUCCAAAUGAAAAGUACCUGGUUUCCCUCGGAGGUCUGGAUGAUGGCAGCAUUGUGAUUUGGAACAUUGAGACAAAGCGUGCAAUCUGUGGAUGUCAAGCUUCCGCUCAGCAUGUCGGUCAGUGCUUCACCGUUCGCUACUCAAACACAAAUGACAACAUUUUCGUCUCAGCCGGGAAUGAGACGCUGCGUGUCUGGGAGCUGGAUGUCGCCAGCAAAAAAAUCAUCCCCACUGAGUGUAGAACUGACAAGCUGAAAAGAGUUAUGAAAUGCAUCGAGAUCUCAGAGGACGAUCAAUACAUUUUCUGCGGCACCACGACGGGCGACAUAAUGAAAAUCAACAUGAACAUGAGACGCCUGAGCGGCUGUGGUCCUGUCAAAACCAAGUACAACCUGGGAGUCAGCGUCAUAAAGAUACUGAAGUCAGGUGACCUAAUUGUCGGGUCUGGAUCUGGCACUGUCGCGCUAUGCUCUGGGUCAAACUUCAGAACUCUUAAAAAAGUCCAGGUGGAAAAGCGGGUGACCUCGAUCACGAUGACUGGAGGUGAUCAGAAGUGUGUCAUCGGAACCGAGGCUUCCCAUAUAUACGGGUUCCACUGUGAAGAGUUCAAAACUGAGCUCUUAACCUCCUGUCCGACCAGAGCUGUCAAAGAUGUGGCCAUUCCCUUCGGAACGUCUGAGAUUUUCGCCACCUGCUCUGAGGGCGACAUUAGACUGUGGAAAAUCAACAAGUCAAAGGAGCUGCUGAGAAUCACUGUGCCCAACAUGACAUGUAACUCCCUGGAGUUCAUGAUGGACGGACACAGCAUCAUCAGUGCCUGGAACGAUGGCAAGAUUCGGGGCUUUGGGCCGGAAAGUGGAUGUCUGUUGUUCAUCAUUCAUAAUGCACACAGUAAUGGGGUCACUGCUGUCGCCGGAACCAAAGACAGCAAGAGGAUUGUCAGCGGAGGCGGAGAGGGCCAGGUGUGCGUUUGGGAGCUGACGCAGCCGAAGCCUCGACUUCUUCAGUUCAUGAAAGAACACAGAAGCUCUGUGAAUUGCAUCAAAAUCAAAAGCGAUGAUAAGGAGUGUGUCUCGGUCAGCUCUGACCGUACCUGCAUCAUAUGGGACUUAGAGCGAUUUGUCAGCCGUCAGUUGGUGACAGCCAACUCCAUGUUCCAGACGGUGUGUUACCACCCAGAGGAGUUCCAGAUGAUCACAAGCGGCACUGACGGAAAGGUCACCUUUUGGGACUUGCACCUAGGGACAGCCAUCAGGGAGAUGGUGGUGACGCAGGGUGGAGCCAUCAACGCCAUGGACAUUACACAAGACGGCAAACACUUUGUGACAGGUGGGAACGACAAGGUGGUGAAGGUGUGGGAUUACAUCGCGGGUGAAAUGACCCAUGUUGGCAUCACACACGGUGGGACAAUCACCAGUGUGAAGAUCUGCUCCAACAACCGGACCCUUAUCAGCACCAGUGAAGACGGAGCCAUCCUCCGCUGGAAAUUUCCUUUUCCCCUUUCUUCAUAA